ACCAUGGCUUCCAGGCGGCUAGUCAAAAGUUUGAGCGAGGAGGCAAUUUGUCCCAUUUGCCUGGAUUUCUUCACCGAGCCGGUUAUACUGGAUUGUGGACACAACUUCUGCCGCUCCUGUAUCACGCAGAGUUGGGGGAAAAAGGAGAUAAACUCUUGCCCGGAAUGUAGAGAGGAGUUUCCGGAAAGAAACUUGAGGGUAAAUCGGGCCUUAGCGAAUCUGGCCGAGAAAUCUCGAAAAUUAAACCUGGAUCCGAAAGCGAAGGAAAACAAACUUCUUUGUGAGAAACAUCAGAAAGAACUGAAGCUGUUUUGCGAAACUGACGAGAAACUGAUCUGUCUGACUUGUAGAGAUUCGCGGGAACACAAAUCUCACAACUUCAGGACGACUGAAGAAGUUGUUCAAAUCUAUAAGAGUCAGCUGGAAUGUUCCUUGGAUUCUCUCAUCGAGAAGAAAUCGGCAGUUCUAGAACUGGAACUCAAGCAGAAACGGAAGAUUUCCGAAGUUAGGGAACAGGCGAAGAGUCUGCAGACAACCAUCACAUCCGAGUUCACUAAAAUGCACCAGAUUCUCACUGAGAAAGAGCAGCGUAUACUCAGAGAUCUCAGGGAAGAAGAGGAGAGUAUUCUAGAGCUAAUGGAGAAAAACCUUCGAGAGAUCCAGGAGAAUUUAAAUUCGCUUGAGGAGAAACUUCUUAAAUUUCAGGAACAGAUGGAGCAAACAGACGAGCAGAUAUUUCUGAAGGGGGAAGCUUGGCAGAAGAGAAGAAUCAGUGAAGACGUACGCUUGGUCUCAGUAACAGGUGGCACCCUCUCCAUCGGAAAAUUCAAGUGCCCAUUGCAAUACAUUGCGUGGCGAGAAAUGAUAGGCAACAUAAACCCUGUUCCAGCCUCUCUGACUCUGGAUCCAAACACAGCAAAUUCCUGGCUCAUCCUGUCUGAGGACCGGACCAGUGUGAGAUUUGGAGACAAACGCCAACGGCUCUCUAACACCCCUCAGAGAUUUGAUCCUUGGCCCUGUGUCUUGGGAUCAGAGGGAUUCACAUCAGGGAGACAUUACUGGGAGGUGAAGGUGGGGAACAAACCUUGGUGGCGCCUUGGAGUGGCUCAAGAGUCUGUUAACAGAAAAUGGAUAUUCCAUCCAACCCCGGAGAUUGGAUACUGGAUAAUUUGUCUGGAUAAAGAAAAAGGCUAUGUGGCUGCCACCUCUCCCUCUGAUACUCCAGUCAAUCAGUGUGGAAAUCCACAGAAAAUUGGGGUUUAUUUGGAUUAUGAGGGAGGACAGGUGUCAUUUUACAAUGCAGACAAUAUGUUCCAUCUCCAUACUUUUACCCACACUUUCACUGAGAAAAUCUUUCCCUUUUUCCAUCCAGGAGCAAACGAUGACCGAAAAAACUCCACCCCACUGACAAUCUGUGGAAUUAAAGGGCACUGACAGUUCUGUCCCAUAAUUUUGCAUCAUCACCCUUUCUCCUACAAGUUGUAAGUUGAUAGGUGUUGAACACAGUCACUGGUGGUGCAGCUAGUUACAACAUUUACUGAGAUCAAAACCAGUAUAAUUAAAUAAACAAGUUUUGCUGAGGUUAAAAAAAUUGUUUUGUAACUUGUGACAACUGGUCCAGGGGUUCCUGAAGUAAACAAAAAUCAUAAAAAUAUAAACAAUCAUGAAGAUGCAGCGAAAAUGAAAAUUUAAAUCAACUCCAGUUGGGGCUUUAAAGGAAAAGAAAGCAAUGAACAACAACUGGGGCAAAAUGGAAUAUCAGUGGGACAGAAAUGACAUAUUAGUUCAUCCAUAACACGGCUGACAGAGUAAUUUCCAAGUGAAGUAAAAUGUAAAAAAGAAACCAAAAUAAAGGUGGAAAUAAAUUAGAGUAAUUGAGAGUAUCAGAAAAACAGCAAAGCACAGUGUGGGAAAAGGUCUGGAAUGCAAAGUGGUGAAUAAGGGUCCUGUUGCGGUCCCAUCCAUUAACAAUACCUAGGAAGUUAAAGCAGUUGACUUCCUUGAAGGAUGCAAUUUUCACAAGCAGUUAUUGGAUCAGACUCAGUGUAUUCAAAGACACUGUAAAUAGGAAAAAUAGAAAAUCACAGACAAUUUAUAUUCUUCCAACCCCACUCAGAUACACAAUCAUACCAGAAGUACAGCAGAGUUCAAAAUAUUGCACUCUUGUUUAAGAAGAGGUGCAAGGAUAAAUCAGUAAUCAUAGCUUGUUUAGUUUAACUUGAUGAUGGGAAAGAUGACAAAAUAAUAAAUUAAGAUGUAUUUAAUAUACACUUAUAUGAAUGCAAUAUAAUUAAUAAAAGGCAGGAAGGACUUGCUAGAGACCAAUUUAAUUAGUUUCUUUGAGCUUAUUGAAACGUUAUUAUUAUUCAUUCACAGGAUGAGGGCAUCGCUGGUUAGGUCAUAAUUCAUUGCCCAUCCCUAAUUUUGUAGACAGCAGUGAGAAGUCAAUGACAUCACUUUGGGUCUGGAGUUGCAUGUGGACCAGACCAGGUAAGGAUUGCAUUUUCCUUACCUAAAGGGCAUUGAACCAGGUGGGCUUUUUAUGACAAUCUAAAAUUGAUUCAUUGUCAUCAUUCGACUCUUGAUUACAGGUUGUUAUUAAGUCAAAUUUCAGCAUCUGCCAGAUCCCCAAAACAUUACCCGAAUCUCUGGAUUAACAGCUCAGCAAUCAUACAACAGGGCUGUCACCUCCAGUCAAAGUAAUGAAGUUGCUGAGGGCAAUGCAAUGGACACAAUAAACCUGAAAUUCUAAAGACAUUUGAUAAAGUACCACAUGAUAGGCUUGUUAGAAAAUUUAGCUUAUGAAAUAAAGAGGACAAGAACAUUAUGGAUAGAAAAUUCUAUGAGUGAUGGGAAUGUAAUGGUAAAUAGUAGCUUUUUGGACCUUUGGAAGAUCUAGUGUGAUAAGGUGGCAGCAUUAGUUCUCCUAUAUAUCUCCUGAAAUUUAUUAGUGACCGAUAUUUGGAUACACUGAACAAAAUUUCUAAAUUUGCAGAUGACACAACAAAUGCAAUUAUUGAAAAAUAUAAUGAUAGUGAUAGGAUUCAUGGGAGCAUAGACAAAUUGCUAUUGUAUGGGUGGAUAAGUGGCAGAUGAAAUGUAAUAUGUAGGUAGGUGAAUUGAAACAAUUUAAAAAUAAAGAGUAGUGAUGUGAAAAUUGUGUAACAUUUUGAAGGGGUUGCAGGAAGAGAGAGAUUCAAAAACACAAAUGAAUGAAGGAAGCAGGGAGGGUUAAUCAGGAACCAAACUCAGAGUAUGAUAGGUUGAACAGUUCUGGCCUCAACACUUUAUGAAGGAUGUCAACAUACAUAGGAAUUAGGAGGAGGAGGCAAUUCAGCCUCUCGAACCUGAUCAGUCAUUUAAAUUUACAAUGGCUGGUGUCAUGUCGGCCUCAACUCCACUUUCCUGUACACUUUCCAUAAACCAUCAACCCCUAAUGAAUUAAAAAUCUGUCCAUCUCCUCCUUAAAUUUACACAAUCUCCCUGCAUACACCCCUGGGGAAGUGUACUCCACAGAUUCAAGAUCCUUUGAGAGGAGAAAUUUCUCUUUCUCUGUUUGAUACUUGCUAGCCCUUAUCCUAAAACUAUGACCUCUCCUUCUUGAUUCCCCACAAGGAAACAUCCCCUCUUCAUCUACUUCAUCAGUUCCCUUCAGUAUCUCGCAUACCUGUAAUAAACAGAGUAUAGAAAAGAGUCACCAGGAUGGUUCAAAGGUUGAAGAACCAAUGAUACAUAAUAAGACCGGAAAAGUUGGGACUUUCUCUUGGAGAGCAAAUUUUAUACUAUUGUUCAAGAUCACGAAUGAACCCGCAAAAAGUAAACAGACAGGCAUGGUUUCUGAUAGCAUCAAGGUCAAAAAUCCAGUGCACUGAUUUAAGUUGUAUGGCGUAAAAGCAAAAAUUGAGAGAUCGGGAAUUAACUAUCUGAGAGUGUGGCAGAUGCAGAUUCAAUAAUGGUUUUCAAAAUGUACAGGAUAUUAAUCUGAAAAUAAAGCAUGCAGGGUUACAGGAAAAUAGUGGGGCUAGUUGUGUUACUCUUGCAGGUGGCCAGCAAUAAGA